UACACUUGUCGGUCCUCAUGCGACAUUUUGAGAGCGCCCACAGAUCGGAAAGUGGUCUACAUGGUGGCUGGAUGGUCAAGUUUGAAGAACACCUGCUGCUCCUUCCAACUUCUGCUGACACAAGCGAUCUUCCGUAAGAUGGCGUUGCUGCGUAGCUCCACUAGGGGGCGCCGUGACCAAGGAGAGACCGAUGACAACCAUGCACUGCAGACUCCUGAAGAAAGCCCCCCUCCUUCAGAUUCCGACACUUUGAAGGAUUUUGGACAGAAGAUCAUGCCAAAAUAAACCCGACUGAGACCCAGCACCUCGCCAAUGAAGUCUGCGUGACCCUGCCCUAUUUAUUCACCUUUUUUUUUUGGAAACAGGCAUAAUAUUCGGACACUGUACGCUACAUCCUGCACUGUACGUGCGGCAGAGUGUAAACACAUUGUGUGCUGCCCGUCAGUGCAUGUUGCACAGUUGGACUUCAACCUAGUAAGCAAAGAAAACAGCGCCUGUUUGUAACAGUUGGGACCAGGAAAAGCAGAAAUAUUGCAGCAGCAGACCCUGUCCUCUUGCGCCUUCCCCCCGACCGUGUGUGCCUUACCAGGCCAUGCUCCGCCAGCGAGGCUCCCUCAUUCUGUGUGGCACUUUCCUGUUCCUCAGCUGGAACGCCAUCCUGGUGCGCCUGCUGUGGGGCGGGUCGCCCGGCCAAGAGCAGAGAGAAGAGACGGUGAUGCCCGGCGACAACGUGGUGGCCGACGUGAUGCGCAUGGCGGACAUGUUCGAGGCAGAGUUGGAGAUCCAAAACAAAAUCCUGACGGAUAUCAAAAGCCACCAGGUGCUCUGGGGACUCAACGACAAGAAGCUGAAACUCCUCCUGCCUCGCCAGCCUAUCAUCCCCGUACUGGUCAUUGCCUGUGACCGGGUCUCUGUGAAACGCUGCCUGGACAAACUGCUGCAGACCCGUCCCUCUAACAGGCACCAUCCAAUCAUAGUAAGCCAAGAUUGUGGGCACGUUGAGACCGCCGACGUGAUACGCUCCUACGGAAGUCUGGUCACUCAUUUGAAACAGCCGGACUUGUCAGACAUCGCUGUGCCACCAGAGCACAAAAGGUUCAAGGGGUACUACAAGAUCUCCAGACAUUACCGCUGGGCUCUGAGUCAAGUGUUCAGGAACUACUCGGCUGUGAUCAUUGUGGAAGACGACCUGGAGGUGGCGCCAGACUUCUUCGAGUACUUCAGAGCCUUGCUGCCGCUCCUGAAGUCCGACCCCGGCCUGUGGUGCGUGUCAGCCUGGAACGACAACGGCAGAGACGGCUUUGUAGACCCAGCUGCGGCCGGCCUGCUCCACCGGACCGACUUCUUUCCCGGCCUGGGCUGGAUGCUGCUCAGGGAGGUGUGGGAGGAGCUGGAGCCCAAGUGGCCCGCCGCCUUCUGGGACGACUGGAUGCGCCAGCCCGCGCAGCGCCGCGACCGUGCUUGCAUCCGCCCGGAGAUCUCCCGGACGUUGACCUUUGGCCGGCAAGGUGUGAGUCUGGGUCAGUUUUUUGACAACUACCUGCGAUACAUUAAACUCAAUUCCAAAUACGAGCCUUUCACGAAGUUGGACCUGAGUUACUUGAAGGAUGAGACGUACAGGAAGAACUUUGAGAAGGAGGUUUACAGUGCUCCACUGGUCACCUUUGAACAUGUCAAGCAGGGACAGCUGGAAGGACCCGGGCCCUUUCGCCUGCAGUACUCCAGCAAGGACAGCUUUAAAGUGUUUGCAAAGAACCUGGGAAUAAUGGACGACCUGAAGUCUGGGGUCCCACGGACAGGCUACAGAGGGGUUGUCAGUUUCUUCUCAAGAGGCCGCAGGAUUUAUAUUGCCCCUCCUCCAGGUUGGACCCAGUAUGAUCCCACUUGGAACUGAAUGUGCCUUUUUUUUCCCGUCUACGACAUUUUUAUUCUAAUACUGCAGGUUUGUAGAGGGAGUUCAUGCCAAAACCACUCAGGUUUUUAAUUCCAAUCAUUUCUUAAGUGAAGCCUUGCUGCUGUAAUUCACUAGAGUCCUAUUUUUAUACAAUGAUUAUUGUGCACAAUUUUCAAAUGGUGCCACUUUAAAUUAUUUGCAAACCUGUGGUGGCUUUUUUUGUUUGGGUACGUAUAUGAAGUUUGUUUGUGGCGGUGGUGGUGCUCUCGUUCUUUCUGCUGAUGGUUCAUUUAUUCGGGGAUAUGUCAACUAAUUUUGCCGAUUGUUUCGGUGUGCCAUAUUCUGUUACAGUAAACACCAGAUGAUAUCUGUGUUUUGUAUUUUGGAAUAAACAAUGCCUCAAA